UCGUCCAAACUCAUAGCAGCUGAAGUGAGUGUUCUUGGAGGCGCACCAUCAUGGGAACCAAACCGUGGCUGAGUUUAGCUGCACUGCUGUUCGUAGCAAACCAAAUCAACGGAUGGUAUAUCUUCUCUUACAAAAAUGGAUUGUAUAAAGGUCAUGCUGAAGUAUUGAAUGAUGUUGAUCUGGGUGGCUUGAGCUUAAAUUUAUCAGGUAUUGAUGAGGUGCACUUUAGUGCUCCGAAUUUCAGUACACUAACACUAGAAAUGCAAUCAUGGUUGAUCAACGUGGAGAAAUUUUGUCUACAAAGUGUAAAUGUUUCAACUGUUCAUGUAGAUGCACAUUUCGUAUAUUUCUUAAUUGAAGGUGGCCCAACAAGCACUGUGGUAAUCGACCCAAGCAGCAAUUAUGAAACAGAACAAUUUAGAGUAAGUCGUGGACAGUUAAACGAACUUCCUAAAAAUUUACUGGCGAUGAAAAAGUUGAAAAUGAUGGAUUUCAAAAAUAAUCAGAUAGAAAUUGUCAACAUGGAGGACUUUUCCGGUUUGAAAUUUCUUGAAGAAAUAUGUUUAUCGCAAAAUAGAAUAAAGGAGAUGAGCGCAUUUCCGGUAGUUCUACCAGGAUUGGAACGAUUUGACAUAAGCAAUAACCAGCUUAAAGUUUUGAACAUUGCUAGCUGGGAAGCGUCGCGUCUGAAACUAUUGUCUUUUGAAAAAAAUCAACUCGAAACAGUUAAUAUGUCACACUUUAACAGAUUCCCCAAUCUUGAAACAAUUAACUUGGCUAGAAACAGAAUCAUAGAGAUAUCAUCUGAUCCAGUAGAACUCCCAGAAUUAACAGAAUUUGACGUUAGCUUCAAUCGACUAAACGAAAUCAGUUUCGAACAUUGGAAUACUUCUUCUGUGAAGCAAGUCCGCAUCGCUGUGAACCGAUUGACAACGGCACAUGGCUUACCUAAGGUAUUUCCAGCUUUGCAGCAAGUAUCACUUGUUUCGAAUCCUUUCAACUGUGACUGGCUUGAUACAACGCAAGACGAACUGAAAAGUCGCAAUGUUGAAAUUCAAGAAUCAUCUAUGGUAACGUGUGACAAGUCGGUAACACUAUUGGAAGAUUUUAAAAAGAUCGUUAAGGAGUUGCAAUCGCAGGUAGAACUUUUAAAACCUUCCUCAAACCAAAAUGGACCCACUCCGAGCGGAGCUGAAAAUCAGAAGCAAUUUGAACGUCAAAUUUGGCGAAUGGAGCAAAAGUUGGAAUCGUUCGAUAAAAUGAGCAGUUCAAUUGCUAGAAUUUUGUUGGGCGGUGUUAACCGAAAAAACGUCAACUAAGUCUAAGUAAACAAUGUAACUAGUAUAAGGCAAAUAAAAAAAAUCAUUCAAAACGCAAA